CGCGAUACCGUGGGUUUUUUUGCCCAGAGCUUCCAUCUCCAACACCACCUCAUCCCACAGCCAUUCGUUCUUCUUCACCUUAUGCUGGCUCGAUAGCUCGCUGGACUCUUACUUGCUGGGCUCUUCCAUGAUAUAAUCGCCUGUAAUGCUUUCCAGGUCGGCCGCUCACGCAAUUCGGUCGGGGCCGCAGUCCUCUCCCACGACACCCCUUCGAUACUAUAGCCAGUCUGCGGCAUCAGGGCUGUCCAGAUCAAAGAAUGCGCGUAGAGCACAGCUUAUGAAAGAGUAUCGGCAAGCGUACGAAAUUGAGAGCGGUCGCAAUGUCAUUCAGCUCCGACAGGGCAUGAGCUCUCUUCCAGCCUUGCGAUUACACGAGGAAACAGGAAACAAUGCAUCGAUACGCUAUGCCCGACCGAUGAUGAAGCGAAACCUGAACCCGCCGAGUCCUCCACAGUACUCGCGCAAGAGCAAACCCACACCAGCGGCAGAGCUCUCGGAAAAGCAAGCGGAAUUUGGGGGACCCAAGUCGGCAAAGGCCAAUGAGCCUGACGCUGAAUCUGUCAAAGAGCCCGUCCAAGAGCAUGCAAGUAAUACUGGGCCACUUCCAGACCUUCGACACGGCAUCCCAUCAACGUUCGCAAAGGAAUUUGGAGCGCAAGCAAAUGCUCGUGCUGAGCUCGAUGUUGAACACAGUGGACCUAAUGUUACUGAAGACCCUGAAAACCCUGCACCACCACCUGGAAGCGGCGGCCGCGGUGGUGCUGAGCUUCCGAAAUCUGCAUACGAGACCUCUACCGACCGGAGAAGAAACAGGACGGCAAACUACUCUGCAGUGGCAGCGGCCUUACUAGGUAUAGGAGGCGCCGUGUACUAUGGGCGAGACUGGGACACAGAAGAGGAGGCCAAGCUACACCCAGAGGCUCCUUCAGGCUGGGACUUUAGCCUGUUCUGGAAGCGCAUCAACGCCCGCUGGUCAAACCAGAUGAGCUACUACACCGAACCGACGUUCCCCAAGCUUCUCCCCGACCUAGAUCCCGCUCCACCGUACACGCUGGUCUUGAGUCUGGAGGACUUACUGAUCCACAGCGAGUGGAGCCGCGAGCACGGCUGGCGCACGGCGAAACGGCCCGGUCUGGACUACUUUUUGCGAUACCUCUGCCAGUACUACGAGAUUGUCGUCUUCACCAGCCUACCGCGCACCUCCGCAGAGCCCAUUGUGGCGAAGCUUGACCCACUGCGUCUCGCAAUCGCCUGGCCGCUGUACCGCGAGGGCACACGCUACGAGAAUGGCGAAUACAUCAAGGACCUCUCAUACCUAAACCGCGACCCCUCGAAAGUAAUCCUGAUCGACACCAAAAAGGACCACGCAAAACUGCAGCCAAACAACGCCAUUAUCCUCCCGCCCUGGGAAGGCAAAGCGCAAGACAAAGGCCUCGUCAACCUAAUCCCCUUCCUCGAAUACCUCGCCGCAAUGGGCAUCCCCGACGUCCGCGCCGCAAUCAAGUCCUUUGAAGGCACCGACAUCCCCACCGAAUUCGCCCGCCGCGAAGCCAUCCAGCGCGAGGCUUUCAACAAGCAACUCGCCGCCGAAAACGCCAAGAAACCGAAACGCUCCGCCUCGUCCUGGGUCGCGGGCGCGCUCGGCAUGAAGCCGCAACAGGGUGGUGCCGGCGGCCUGCAGUACGAAGACGGCCAGUCGCUCGCCGAGGGCGCGCGCCAGGGCAAGAUGCUGAGCGACCAGGCGCGCGAGCGCGGCCAGCGCCAGUACGAGCUGAUGGAGAAGGAGAUUCGGGAGAAUAGCGAGAAGUGGACCAAGGAGCUUGAGGAGAUGGAGAAGGCGAUGCAGGAGGAUUUUGUCAAGGGGAUGAAGCAGAGCUUUAGCGUUAAGAGUCUGCUUGGCUUGGCGCCGAAGGAGGAGCAGGCGAAGCAGCAGCAGGCUGGGGCUGCGGUGGAGAAGAAGUGACCUGUUUCUUCUGCUAGGUAGUUGAGUUGAGUUGGUAGGGAUCGAUCGGGAGGUGAACUGAUUGUGGUCGACUACUGGGGCUUCAUCCAUCCAUCCUUUCAUCCAUCCAUCCACUCUUUGUGUAGAUUGGUUGUUAGCUUGUAAAUAUAUAUGUACUACUACUAUCACCUACCUCCCCCAUGCCAGCCCCUUGGCUCUAUAGCCCCC